AUGGGCGAAUCAGGCUAUCCCGGAGGAUACUUCCUCGCAAUGGUCAACAACGAUACAGGCCGCUAUAGUUGGAAGCUGAUACCCUUCAUGCUGAUCUGGGCGGCCUUCUCAAUUGUGCUGGCUCUCUUCGUCUUCACAAAUUACGUCGUCCCCAGGCCGCGACCACCACAACAGAGCGAAAAGACAUACCGUACCGUCGACCAUGUCGGCAACCUCACAGAGCCGGAGCCACUUCCGUGCUGGUACGACGAGCUAGCGAAGAAGAUGACCAAAGCAUACGCGGAAGGGCGAGACCUGAAACCAGAAACAGAAAUCGAGCCAGCCGAAGUCUUCAUGACCGUCGUCGUGCCCGCCUACAACGAAGAAAAGCGCCUCAUGGGCAUGCUAGAAGAAGCAGUCAACUACCUCGAAACCGAGUACGGCUCUUCGGCCGUUGCACAGAAACUCCCAGCAACGGCCGAAACCUCGGCCACUCCCAACGGCGACGUCCGCUCAAGAAAGCCCGCCAACGGCACAGCACACGCACCCCAGCUCCGCGGCUGGGAAAUCCUCCUUAUCAACGACGGCUCCACCGACGGCACCCUCUCCGUCUGCACCAAAUUCUGCCAAGACCACAUCCUCCCCGCCCUCCCGCGACGCAUGUCCGGGCCCUGGACACACCGCUCCGAGCAAGGCGUGAAAAUCAAGCCCGGCUCGAUCCGCAUGGUCACCCUCACCCAGAACCGCGGCAAGGGAGGCGCCGUCACCCACGGCAUGCGCCAUGCCCGCGGCCAGUAUGUCGUCUUUGCUGACGCCGACGGCGCGAGCCAGAUCACGGAUCUGGGCAAACUCGUGUCCGCUUGCGAAAACAUCUCCGACAGCCAGGGCCGUGGCGUUGCGGUGGGAUCACGGAACCAUCUCGUCGGUUCCGAAGCAGUCGUCAAGCGCAGCAAAUUGCGGAACUUCCUGAUGCAUUCGUUCCACUUGUUGCUUUGGGUGAUGACGCCGCCUGCAACGGGGAGGAUAAAGGACACGCAGUGUGGCUUCAAGCUGUUUAGCAGGGCGAGUCUGCCGUAUAUCGUGCCGUAUAUGCAUACCGAGGGCUGGAUCUUUGAUGUGGAGAUGUUGAUGUUGGCGGAGUUCGCGGGCAUUCCGGUGGCGGAGGUGGCGAUUGGGUGGCGGGAGGUGGUUGGGAGUAAGUUGAAUGUGCUGUGGGAUAGUAUUGGGAUGGCGUGGGGAUUGGCGGUGUUGAGGUUUUGUUGGGGGGUGGGUGUAUUUCGGAGGUGA